AAUGAAUUAAUCAGGCGGCGGACUGGCCAUGGAGCAGGCACAGGCAACUUCACGACGUCCAAUCAACUGACUGACCGGCAUCAUGGUCAGGUGGAAUCCAUGGGGAGGCGACGGUCAAGCAUCGACAUCAAAGGCCAGUCAAGAGCAACCAAAUCAGGCCAGCUCAACACUCGCCAAACCACCAACUUCGCCAUCAGAUGAUCCUCUCCCAUCUUCUGUCAUGCAAGCAUCACCAUUCAGCGCCACCACCACAGCCUCUUUCCUUGCCACCCUCUCACCCACAAUUCCCUUUGCUUCCUUCUCACUCGGCUUCUUCUCGGGUCUCAUCACACAGUCCAAUCGAGCAGGCCUCGUCUUUAUGGCAGAGAAUGCUCAUCGUAGGCCAGAUACGGUUCAGGGAUGGUAUUUCUACAACAAGACAAAGAACUACCGUGUCCUCCUCGCAGGCCUCAAGGGCGGCUUUGCCCUGGGCACUCGCCUCGCUGCAUGGACGACGCUUUUCGUACUCCUCGAUGGAGGAAGCGCAGCGCUGCGUAACGUCGUGCAACAAGAAGGAAGUGGACCAGUCAAUUUGCAGGCGUCAGCAGAGGGUUCAUCACGCUUUGCAAGUUCGCUCGGCAGGUGGACAGAUGGCAUCGUGGCAGGACAAGGGACAGCAGUCGUGGCCAGCAUCGUUCACAGGCUUCCUCCUGCGAGGCUUCUGGCCCUCGGCACCUUGGCUGGUGGAACCACUGGCGCGUUACAGGAUGUCAGGGAUCGUUUGAGACCACAAGUGGACGCUGAGGCUCAGUCGUGAAGAAGAGAUACCGCCCCGUCACGCGCACGUCAUUUGCUGCAAUAUACAUUGAUUUGCCAUCGUGGCUGGACAGCCUCAGCCCGCUACGCCUUGCUGCCAAAGACGACCUCGCUUU